AUGUCGUCGACCAGUCUGCCACAAGAAGGCUUUCGAUUCAAAUUACGCCAGCGGCUGAAUCUCUUCCGUCAUCGUAGUGACAAUCGUAGUUUGGAGGCUUCGACAGGUACUGGUGCUAUCGCAGCUAGUCCUCACACCCCUUCUACAAAUGCCCCUUCUACGAGGCACACGAGCAGUGCUGUUCAGGGUGAGACAGCCACCGCUAUUGACCAAACCGAAGAAAACACCGACCUCGCUGUAAUUCCUGUAAUUGGUUCAGUGCUCCAAGAUGGCCCUCCUUCUACUACUGUCUCUGGCACGGCCGUUGCGUCCUCUUCUGCCCUUACUACUGAGGUGGUAACCACUCCUGAACCCGGAAUUGAGGUGGCCGUUACUCCUUCAGACCUUUGGAGUAAGGCUUACGAGGAGGCAGUACAGAACAUGGGUCAGGAUGUGGACGUUGCCAUCCUUAAGGGAGAAAGCAUCGCGCAGCUAUUCAAAGAUCUCGAGGGUGUUGACAAGGAUGCAACCAACGAUUCCGUAUUUCUGCGAGGAGUGCGAUAUUUGAGUUCCAUACAGGUGCCGUUGGAACGGUUCAAGUUAGCAUUAGACCUGACAACGCCCCUAACAGCCCUUGAGCCCACUACUUCUACCGUCUUUGGAGUUAUUAGAGGUGUUACAGCGGUAGCUAUCAGCAUUUCUACCGCCGAUCUUGAAUUCGCCAAAAAGAUUGGAGAAAUGUUGGAGCAGAUUUCGUAUAUUGAUGAUUGUGAUACUCUCGGUCAGAGAGAAGGCAGAACAGACAUUCAUAGGGCACUCGUAUCGGUCUACCAGAAGCUUCUCGAGUUCUAUGUGUACGCCUACGAGUUUCUGUCGAAGAGAAGGACUAAACUGGUGUUGGCUGUGAUAUCAGAUACCGGCAAGUUACCAGAUAUCGUCAAAGACUUUUUGAAGCAAGCCGAGCAUCUCCGAAAGAUUGUUGAGAAAGCCACGUUUGAUAUAGUCCAAGACAUCAAAACCAUGCUUUACGACGAGAAAAUUUUUCAAUGGUUGGGUCGUGACAAGCUGUCCCAACAGAGUCGCCGCCACGUCGAAUUACAGUCCCUUCGAGCUGAUUCAGCUUGUGAAUUUAUUCUAGAACAGCCUGAAUUCAAAAGCUGGUAUCGAGCAUUUGAUUAUCAGCAGUUGGUCAUCCUUGGAGAUAUGGGAAGUGGCAAGAGCGUCAUGAUGAGCUUCCUCAUUGAUGAACUAUGUCGGCGGAGAAGCCAUCAACUGCCACAACCUAUGGUUUUGUACCACUACUGCCAGAAUGACGAAACGGGGCACGCACUACAAGACCUACUUAACGGAAAUUUCGAGCCUUCGACGAACGUCCAUAAGUUGGUUGGGUUCUUUCAGAGGACCGUUGAAGAACUUGAUCGGCCGCUUUAUCUAGUACUCGAUGGCAUGGACGAGUGCGACAUGAUAUCUCGGAACAUCCUUCUCAACUCGCUGCAAGGUCUGUCACAGAAGACCCCAGGGUUGAAAGUUGUGUUAUCUUCUCGACCCUGGGAAGAGAUACUGGACCAAGUAGGCGGGGUUCCAAAGAUCGAUAUCAGUACCGACCCGCAACGCGAUAGAAUCAUCGCCGAGAAGACCGUUGAAACGCAACUGGCUUUUCUAACUACGGAUAUCAAACAGCUCGUCGUGGAGAGACUUUCUGGUCUUGCGCAUGGAAGUGCUAUAUGGACGAGGAUGACAGUCGAGACCAUUGCUCGCCUUAAUAUAAGGGCAGUUGGCCGCAUGAAGAAGUUCCUAGAUAAUAUGCCACAGCCACGGAAUCUCUCUGAAUUAUACACCAAUCUAUUCUUUCGAUGUGCUGGGGAAGAACCAGAAGCCCAGAACAUGGCAGCUACGGCUUUGGAAAUUUUAGGCGUAGCUCGGAGGCGGCUAAGUAUUCUUGAACUUGCUUGGGCUGUCGCAUUGGGUAUGGCUGAUCCAGAUGUCACAACUGUCGCCCAGGUUGCCGAAGAAGUUGACGAGCGAGCUGUCAUGGCCCUCAUUCAACCGUUCGUUGCCAGCAUCGAUUUUAGCGAUCCCAAGAAACGCCAAAUCAUCAUUGUUCAUCAAUCAGCAAAGGAAUUCAUAUUAAGUGAAUUGACCUUAAGUCGGCAAAGGCUACAACAUGCGGAAAAAGUUCCCGCAGCAGGAGGGAAAUCAGCGUCCCCACCGAUCCCGUCAAAGCUGGAGAACAAUAUCUUCAAUGUUUGCGUCCGAUACCUGCUUCUUGACGAAAUCAACCAUGUUCCUCUGUUCUCUGAUGAGCAAAUGGCCGUUGAGGAACUGCCCCAAAAUUUAGAUCUAUUCAGCGACGACAACGAUGCCGCUGCCUACACUAUCGAUUGCUCGUGGGAGAAUUGGGAGGAGGGAAUGAUCCGAUACGAUCCGGCGGAUCGUGGAUUCGGCGAGUUUUUCGUUUAUGCCUCUUGCUACUGGAUAGAUCAUUUCAGGUGUGUCGUAGCAGAACCUCUCCCCGAUCUCAGAAGUAUCGAAAAAUUAUGCCAAGCCAACUCGACACGGUUGCACAACUGGACUAGUCAGAACAGUCGCCCGGAUUGUGUAGUGCAAGCAAGAUUUGAAUUCGACGGCAGCCUAUACGACCCCCUGAGCAUUACAUCACUCUAUGGGUCGGAAGAGCUGCUGCUUAAGAUGCUUGAAACAUCUGAAUUCGAAUCUCACGAGUUUUUGAUCAACACAGCUUUGCUCACUGUUGACCAGGUUCUUCAAUGGGGCGAUUUAUGUAGACUUCGAACGUUAUUUUUCGGACGUGGAACGGGACGCCAUCUUCAGAACCUUGACUUUUUCCGCCACAUCAUCGACUCUUGGCGCUUCUCCAACAAGCACUAUCGUCCAGAUUGGGAUGCUGUAUUUGAAAUCAUCAACGAUAUCCCCGACCUUCUAGUCCGAGAGGCAUGGGGUAAUGAACUCCUCUGCCUAGCUGCUGGUCAAGGCUGCCUGCCGAUCGUUGAACGCUUGAUGAGAAUCGCCCAGCAGAACAUUCAUCUCAAGCAAGAGCUAAUGUGUGAACCUCAGCGUCAGUCACGAAGCUCAUUUCACCGGACUCAUCAGUCUAUUGGAGAAGCCGCCCUGGCCGGCCAUAUCAGUGUUGUCGAGUACUUGUUACAGCAAGAAGGUAUUGACACACAUCUUCAUCAUCGCAAUGCGAACGGCGAAAAUGUCCUACAUCUAGCAUCUGUGCAAUGCAACCCCGCCAUAUUUCGGGCUUUAGCACCUCGCUUUCCGGACGGUAUAUUUCAAAGGGAUCACCAGGGUAGGACGGCUUUGAUGCGAGUUAUAGAAAGCUCCUCGACUCUACAGAACCGCAUAGAAUCAGCACAAACGCUCCUGUACCUGAUCGCAACUCAUCAGAGUGCACUGUCAACGAAGGAGCAGCAAGAGGCGCUACACAUAGCUGAACAAAUGCACGACAAGGAGAUGUGUGAACUAUUGGCCGAUUUCGAUGGGUGUAUGAAGAAUACAGGUAGUGUGAUAUCUUGA